AUGGUUCCUUCACAUCCACAUUAUUGGAGAAAAAGAUUAUCAAUGAACCCACAAGCUCUUAUUCUUCUGGUCCUCUGCUUCUUCUUCUUCAUUCAGCACUCCGGCGCCUCAAGACCCUUGCCAUCAAGCGUUUUCUACACAAACCCUAAUAAUGAUCACAAUAAAGACACUAUGAGGAGAGGUCAUUUCUUAGGGUUCUUGCCAAGACACUUCCCUAUUCCAGCUUCUGCUCCUUCACGAAAACACAACGACAUUGGUAUUCAAGCCUUGUUGUCUCCAUGA